AUGCCCACUUCUAUUCCAGUACUAUUUGGAGUUAUACAUACAAAGUUACAGCCACCGCAAAAGAAGGACAAAGAGUUGAAAAAAAGUGAAGUUGAAGGAAGUGAAGCGAAUAGAAGAACGGAAGAGGAUAGGGCAUUCGACGACCACGGCGACUUUCGAGAUCGAGGUUUUAGACGCGGAUACUGCCCGCUGCCAGAUACCUCCGUGGGCGAUCUACCAGUGAAAGCUGCACUACGAAUAGUGCAUACCGACACAAAGGACGCAUACGAGCGAGUUCAGGGCGUUGCCGUCACGACAACAACAGCGAGGAGGACGAUUCAAAAACUGACGCCAUGCCGAGCAGUACUACGAUUAGGAAUACAGUGGCGCAGAUGA